AUGGCGUCAACUGAAGCUCUCCCCCCUGUCACAUCCCCUUCUCUUAUACUUAUAAACCCCACCUCCUCUGAACGAGAGCUCCUAUGGAAGGGUACUCAACCCCAUUGGGGAGCCGCUUUGUCCAUGGAUGACUAUGUCGCCAGAGAAUACGAUAAUCUCGAGGCCCCUCUAGCUCGAGAUGGCGGCGUAACUAGCUGGAUCCUCACCGACGGAGAUAAAAAGCCCGGUGAAAGACCCCUCCUCUCAUCUUGUGAGACCUACAACAAAAGAGCCUUUGUCCGAACCAAGGAUGGAAAAGCAAGAGAUGGAACUGCUCACGGUGUGGCCAGUGUCUUCACUUUUCCUGAAUAUCGAGGAAAGGGAUAUGCCAGAAAGAUGCUGUCCCUAAUUGCUGAUGAGCUGAAAAGCAGACAGCAAAAGAAUGAAGGCGCUGCUGAUUUCUCGGUCCUUUGGUCCGAUGUCGGACCCAAGUUCUACCAGACCGUGGGAUGGGAGCCUUUCAAGAGCACAUAUCUCGAGUUUCCCGUUACUGAGACUGAGCCAACUGCCGAUUCAUCCCUGAAGCCUAUCACCAUUGACGAUAUUCCAGACCUGGCAGCUCGAGAUGAACAACUUCUUCGAGACAGGAUCUCAAAAGCCUCUCAAGUCAGCGCUGCAGUCAUUCCUGAUAUCACCACUCUCAAAUGGCAUAUUCACCGGGAGAACUUUAUGUGCAAACACAUCUUCUCCCGCACACCAACUGUCCACGGUGCCGUAUACACUCCAUCUGACGCCCCCAACUCAAGGAUCUGGGCUCUCUGGACUUGCAGCUUCUACGGCAUGCUUGAUCAACCCGAAAAGAAUGUCAUUCGCGUAUUGCGCUUGGUCAUCGAAGACGAGAGUAUCUCAGAUGAGACACUUGCCAAAGGCAUCCACGCCAUUGCAAGUUUCGUCCAGAAGGAAGCCAAGGAAUGGAAAUGCUCCAAGGUUGAAGUUUGGAACCCCGACGAUCGGGUGCGAAGGGUCACAGAAGGCAUCCAAUCCCUUGGUGCCAAAUUCAUCGUCCGAGAAAACAGCAACAUUGCCAGUCUAAACUGGUUCAAUGGUUCUGAUCAGGAAGUUGACUGGAUUGCUAACGAGAGGUUUGCUUGGUGUUAA